GCGGGCCCGCUGCUGUUAUUGGCUGGGCUGCGCCGCUAUGUGGAGAGUAGUGAUGUCGGAGGAGGUUGGGAGGAAGGUGCAGGCGGUGGUGGACCGGGUACAGCAGGCGGUUACCCGCCGCCCGAAGACUUUACCAUGUGUGGCUCCUCGAUUAGUAGCUGUCAGUAAAACGAAGCCGCCGGACAUGGUGCUGGAGGCUUACAAACACGGACAGCGCAACUUUGGAGAGAACUAUGUAAAUGAACUGUUGGAGAAAGCCACUCACCCUCUGAUUUUAUCAUCAUGCCCUGAAAUUAAGUGGCAUUUCAUUGGACACCUACAGAAGAAUAAUGUUAAUAAACUCUUGGGUGUUACAAACCUCUACAUGGUGGAGACGGUUGACUCUGUUAAACUGGCCGACAAAGUGAACAGCUCGUGGCAGAAGUUACGAGGGUCUAACGCUCGGAGGUUAAAGAUCAUGGUGCAGAUCAACACCAGCGGAGAGGAAAGUAAACACGGCCUGCCUCCUGAUGAAACCGUUAACACCAUCAAGCACAUCGUAUCUCAGUGUACUGCCCUGGACUUCGCUGGACUCAUGACUAUUGGCCGUUAUGGCUAUGACCUCAGUGACGGACCCAAUCCAGACUUCCAGAUGCUCCUGAAGUGUCGAGAGCAGGUGUGUGAGAGUCUGAAGCUCUCAGUAGAACAGGUGGAGCUGAGUAUGGGCAUGUCCACGGACUUUGAGCAUGCGAUUGAGGUAGGCUCUACUAAUGUCCGUGUUGGUAGCACUAUUUUUGGAACUCGGGAAUAUCCAACCACCCCAAGCCCCAGCCCGGAGAAAAAGCCAAAGGUCGUAUCCGAAGAAGCGGCGAAAAAGAUGGAGCGGCUUACAGUGAGCGAUCAUUAAAGACCUGAAGAGAGGAGCGCUGGAUCUGAGGAGUUACAGAGGACUUUUUGAGCAUUUCACAGACAAUACUGGAACACUGGUGGAGGCCUACCCACACCACAUCUCAAUUAUUGCUCUUAAGUGAAGGUGGUUUUAAGGUUUAAGGUAGAAGCUGUACAGUUGUAAAAUCUUCAUAGCUUUUUCACAUUAUCACGUUUGAUAACAUAAAGAUGCAAAGAACACUGCUUGCAAACACAUUACUGGUAGUUUUGUUGUGCCAUUGUAGCUAGAACCUUUUGAGUUUUUUUUUUGUUGUUGUUUUUGGACACUAAAUCUGAAUUUUUCUUUUAUUUCUUAACUAAUUUAAAUUGUGUCUUUUUGUUUAACAAAAAAAAAUCAAACAAACCAGAGUUUGUUGGUUAUGUCAGUCGAACGAAACAUGGACUGCUGUGUCUCUCUCUUUAGUAAGACAUUUGGAUUUGUGAAAAGAGAAAGUAAUGUAAUGUAAAUGUAUUGUUUACCUACUCGUCUGUUGCUGUGAAAGCUGUUUUAAGACUGGUGUUUGGCCUUUUUGAAAAAAUGUCACCUUAUUUUAUUAUGUUUAACUAUUAAUUAACACUGCACUUGGGUUCAUAUUGUAAUUCAGUCUAAUUCAUAUUAAUUUUCUGUGUAGUAGGAUUUGCAUUAACUGGAGAAAAUUUGCUUUAGAUUCUUUUUAGAGCAGUGGUUCUCAAAUCUUUUAAAACCAUGUACCAAACGCGAUCAUACUAGAGCUUAGUACCGUCAACUUUAAUUUUAAACCCUGCAGCACAUUUUCACCAAAAAAAACAGGUUCUGGAACCCGACAAGUUUGUUUCUAGCUGGAACCGAAAAAUAGUAGGUUCUUGAGCAUAAAACCGUGAUGACAUCUGUAAUGUGUCUCAAUUGUGCAACUCCCUCUGUUGGUGACGUAUUCUGUGAUGUAUCCUCGGUUCCGCUAAAACCGUUGUAAAGAGAGCUGGUUUGCUGAAAAGCACCAUGGUUCUUAAAGCCCCACUAGGUAGGAAUUCCUUGAUUUUUUUUCUUUUUAAAUAAGUAACUGUAGAGGGAGCCCACGAGCACAAAAUCUCAAUCCUACCUAGUGGAGCUUUAAAUAAGACUGAAUGGCUGGAUAUUAUGGCAAAAAUCUAAAUCACAAUGUUUUUCUUAAUUUGGGUCAAUAUAAUAUAGUUCAGUUAUUGAUUUGAACAGUAUAAAAGCCACAGUCUGUGGUGUACGCGAGUAAACAUGCGUUGAAAGAGCUGCUGGGGGAUGUGGUUAAAAAUAUUAUCACUAUAUUUAAAUAUUUCUUUUUUAUUACGAUACACAGUAUUUAUCAUAUUUUGACACAGACAAAAUGCAUCAGCAGUGGCAGAUUCUGAUAUUCUAUUAUUGAACCAUUAUUUAAUGCAUAGUACUGUGAUUUUAUUCCAUUUUUGCUGCACAUUGUUUAAUUAAACAGGUUUUUUUUUCACUUUCUUUAAUUAAAUGUACAGUAGAGUUAGUGUUCUUUAAACACUAAAAGAAAAAUAUAUAUAUAUUGUCCAGCCUUUAGAAAAACAGUUAUUUUGGUUAAAAAGUGCUAUAUCUGGGUCUUGCCUUCUUUUACGAUCUGCCAAUUACUGUUUUUUGUUCAUGGUAAAUGAAAUUUCCCUUUAAAAAGCAUUAAAAAGUCACCAGCUUAUAAUUCUAAUGCAGCUCAUAACUAUUGUAAAUAAUGGAGUGCCACAGGGUUCUAUUAAAGGGCCUAUUAAACUGAUGAUAAUCAUAGAACUGUAACUGUGUAGGCUUACAUACAUGGCAUAUUAGGUUAAGCACUGAGCACAAAUAAUAUUUAAGUUAGAAAAAUUACAAAUCGACACCUUUCUAAAACCUAAAAAUCUUUCAGGAAACACACAAAAAAAACAGAUGUCAGUUCUUAUGGCUAUUUAAAGAUGUGCAAUGGCCGUAACUAUGCAAUAUUUAUGGCACUUAGUCUUUACUAAUAAGAAGAACUUUAUAUUAUAGUAAAAAUGUCAUCAUUUUGCAAUUAAGGAUGACCUGAAUGGUGGAGAUUGAAUCAGUGAGGGAGCUUAGUCUUGGAAGGCUAUUAAAAUUAAAUUAAAAGUCACAUUUUAUUUUGAAUUGAGGUUCGUUAAGGGAUGAUUUAGGCAAAAACGUACAUUUUCCCUAAAAAUCAUUAUUUUAGAAUAAUGUUAUGACAAAUUAAUAGAUUUCAAUCCAUAAUAAACUUCACUUUGAGAUUUGAGUUGUGCAUACCAGAGUUUGAGAACCACUGCUCUAAAGGAAGGGUGAAUAACUGACAAAAAUACAAAACAUUUUCUUUUUUAAACUAAAGCGUCUUACUAUGCAGAAUUAAUGAUGGGUGUAUGAACCUAUUUUAACAUAUUUUGGAUUUUCAGUAUUUACAUUGUUAAACUAACCACCGGUGGUUACUGUCUGUGCACUUUGCUUUGAAGGGUAAAUGUAAAUUUGUCCUAAUAUGACCAUAUGUACAGUA